CCAAAUUUAUAUGACACCUAAAACAUGGCGUCGUCCAGUCGUUUUCGAACGUGAUACAAUAAGUCAAAGAUUUUCCUGUUGAGUUGUUUUAUGUCCACGUUGGAAGUUUGUUUACACUUGCAGUGAUCAUCAUCAUGGGAAGAUCAGGAAAGAGGAAAGAAAUGUCGCGUUCAAGGUCCAGAGAAAGGAAGAAACAACGGGACAAAAAGCAUAAGACUAAGAGCCGCAGAUCACACUCUGACUCCAGCAGUAGUGAAAGCAGCAGUGAUGAUGGCCACAGACAUCGGCAUCAAAGACACCAAGAACUCCACCGCCAUUCCAGAGACAGAGACAGGUCCAGGUCCAGAUCCCCUUCCAGAUCAAGACACAGAGAGAAGCAUCACAAGCACAGACGAAGAGCAAGGUCCCACUCUAGGUCCAGGUCACCUAUCCGUGGACGGAGAGAUGCAGGAUAUGAUGAGGAACACCGUGAGCCAAGGCAAAGGCCAUUGACCAAGGAGGAGAAAAAGCAAAAGAAAGAGCUAGUUAAGCUGACCGAGACUGUAGAACAGAAAAGAUCCCGGCGACUGGCCAAGAAACUAGCCAAGGAUCGUAAACGCAAGGAAGAGAUGGGAUGGGAUGAAGAAAUGAUGGGUUAUACUAAUGCUGAUAAUCCCUUUGGUGAUCCCAACCUCUUGGACACAUUUGUAUGGCACAAGAAAAAUGAAACCGAUGGACUAGGGGGACUGGAGCAUGAGCACUUGAAGGGAAUGAUGAAGGGCAAACAAGUGGAGAACAGGCUUGAACUUCAAAAAGUAAAGCAGCGCAGAAUAGAGCGAGAGAAAGAAAGAGAACAGAGGGAAAAAGAACUGGAGGAACUACAGAGGAUGAGAGAAGCAGAGUCAUUUAAAGAAUGGGAGCAACAAGAGGACAGUUUCCAUUUACAUCAAGCAAAGCUGAGGUCCAAGAUAAGAAUACAAGAUGGCAGAGCCAAGCCGAUUGAUUUACUGGCUCAGUACAUCAGCGCUGAUCCAGAUGAUGACCUGUCUGUUGAGAUGCAGGAACCAUAUAACGCUCUCAGGGGACUGACUAUCAAUGAUCUGGAAGACUUGAUGGAAGAUAUCAUUGUAUACAAGGAAUUGGAGAAAGAUAGUAACCUGGAGUUCUGGAAAGACAUGACAGUCAUUGCUGAGGAUGAGUUGGCUAAACUCAAGAAGAUCAGCCCAGAGGGACAAGAUGGUGCUGAUCGACGGGAAGGCAUCAAUGUAUCUGUAAGUUAUGAGGUGGCCUCAGUAUUCAGAGGCAAGAAGCACAGUCAACUGCUGGCCUUGAAAGAACAAAUCAUGCGACGGAUCAAGAGUGGCGAUACAGGCGUGGAUAUUGGCUAUUGGGAAUCACUACUGCAGCAGUUGAAUGCCCACAUGGCAAGGGCACGGUUAAAGGAGCAACAUCAAGACAAGCUGCAAAGAAAACUGAAUGCACUCAGACAACAGCAAGGGGUGGUUUCUGAUCCUAGAGAUGCCUCCUCUAAGGCCGCUGCAAGCCAAGACCCAAGCCAGAUCCAGCUACCAUCUGAUUCAGAUGGUGAGGACCAUGAGAUUAGGAAACGUAUCAAGAAGGAACCAGAAUCAGCUGAAGAGGCCGGCCCUAGCCAGGCAGAGAGUGCAGCACCAGGCCAGUCAACUGAAGCAGAACCAGAGUCUGUCUUGACUCAAGCAGAUCUUGAGGAAGAAUGCCUACUAGAGUUUGAUAAGGGAGGCUACAGCCCUAAGCUGAUGGACAUGAAAGCACUGCCUCCAGAGACCUUGAUCUUUGACCCUGAAGAAGACAAGGCUAAACUACAGCGUAUUAGGCAACAGCUCAUCACCACAGGAAGUGUAGAGAACACAGUGGAGGCAGAGUUUAUCAAGAAAGCUCGAGCUGGUAUGGACUCAGAUGAGGCAACAUUUGCUGUGGAGGUGGACGUGCAGAACAAACCCUACCUGUGGUCAGAUAAAUACCGCCCUCGCAAACCACGCUUCUUCAACAGGGUGCACACGGGUUUUGAGUGGAAUAAAUACAACCAAACCCAUUAUGACAUGGACAACCCUCCACCCAAAGUGGUUCAAGGGUACAAGUUCAACAUAUUUUACCCUGAUCUUAUCGACAAAAGAAAGACACCAGAAUACACCUUGACACCAUCUCCUGAAAACGAGGAUUUUGCAGUCCUGCGAUUCCAUACAGGCCCACCAUAUGAGGAUAUUGCCUUCAAAAUAGUGAAUCGUGAGUGGGAGUAUUCACAUCGUCAUGGAUUCCGAUGUCAAUUCAACAACAGCAUCUUCCAGCUGUGGUUCCGCUUCAAACGUUACCGCUACCGAAGAUGAGAUUGACAGAGACUUCUCUGGGAUGAUAUCAAAUUGGGGGUUAUUGUUUUGAGGGAAGGCUGUUGAGAGUGAAGCUGUAUUAGGGCGUCCCUGGUUAUUUCUUUAAAUUAAAAAAAAUAGUGAAUACAAAAUACUUCAGUGGCAAACAAAUAUGAGAACAUAGAAAUAAAAACGGACACCCUUUUCAUGAAAUCAUGACAUUUAAUUUGAAUGAUGGCUUACUGUUAAAGAUAUGCCGCCAUAAAUGUGCAUAAUGUACAGGUUGAACUUGAACUCAAAGCUUUGAACAUAGAGGAAUUUUUGCUAUGUGACUCCAUGUAUAUAACUACAUAGUUAUCUAAUUCUACAUUUAACACUGUUGUAAUGUGGGAUAUGACGUUUUUAGCACCCGAGGGGCACAUAGCACCCGAGGGGCACAUAGCACCCGAGGCGAAGCAUUUCCAAAGAUAUAUGGUUCCAACUUAUUGUGCGAGAAAUUAAUUGAACCACUGCGAAGUAACCUCUGAUAACUGAAGAUUUUGAUGUCAUGCCAGACAUGAGACUGAGCAGUUGACGUUGCAGUUCUCAUUGCGCAAAGCUAGCGCACCGGCAGGUUCCAUACGCGCAUGCAAUGAGCACACUGUCAUAUCACAGAACGCCACGUAAAAAAUUGAUAGUGUGUGACAUGUGCAUUUAUAGACCAGACACAUGGCCGUUCUAGACCAAUGAAAUUGCAGUAUCCAAGCACACGAUAUAACAAAUGGAAUUAUCAAACCUAACAACUUUUGUGCCUUCUGGAAGUUUACAAGCCAGUUGUUAUAAAUGAGCUGUUCGUAUGAUUGUACUUACAUGUAUUGCCAUCUGCUUGUGUGAACGUGAUCGUACAUUUCGAAGCUGAUCCUCGUAUGGUUAUUUGAAAUAUUGAACUAAAAAAGUAACAUUUCUUGGAAGGCCCAUAAGCCUUAGUGGGUCUUGGGCCAUGACCUAAAGUGGCAAUGACCGAAGCAGUUGGUAUGAAUACGCACACCUUUCCACAUUGUGCAAACUUGCUACUCUGUUGGUUGUCACAUCUAAUUAUAAUAAAAAACAACCCAUAUGGAAAGCAAGAAUGUAUGCACAUAAAUGAUGUAAAUGUA